AUGCAAGCCUGGCAAUACACCAACAUCACCAAAACCCUCGAGAACUCCCUAUCACUCAACAAAAUCGCCACUCCACCAGACGCAUCCUCUCUCCCCAAGGACCAUGUCCUCAUCGAAGUCAUCACAGCGGGCAUCAACCCCGUCGAGUACAAGCUCCCAGAGAUCCCCGUAUUCGGAAAGCUCAUGAUACAGCCCCGAUCAAGUCCAGGCCUGGACUUCUGCGGCCGUAUCAAGGCCAAAAAUGGCGCCGACGACUUGUCCGAGGGCCAGCUUGUCUUUGGGGCCCUGAGCAUCGGAACCAAGCUGCCCAGGUUUGGCAGCCUGGGCCAGCUGAUGAUCGCUCCGUGCUCCCACAUCGCGCCUCUUCCAACUGAUGUCGACCCCGAUGAUGCGGCUGCUUUGGGCACGGCUGGGUUGACGGCGUUUCAGUCACUUCCCAAAGAGAAUUUGGAGCCUGGCUCGAAGGUAUUCAUCAACGGCGGGAGCGGCGGCGUUGGCUCCUUCACGAUCCAGUUCGCCAAAGCCGUUGGUGCAUACGUCGUUGCGACCUGUUCCACGGCAAAUGUCGACCUCUGCAAGAGUCUCGGAGCAGACGAGGUGAUCGACUACCGAACAUCUGAUGUCCUGGCCGAACUGAAGGCAAAAGGGCCCAUCUUCGACGUAGCAAUCGACAAUGUCGGCAGCCCGGAGUGUCUGUAUGAGAGGAGUCCGCAUUUCCUCAAGGCCGACGGCGUUUUUGUCCAAGUUGCCAUGCAGAACUCCGUGAUCAGCAUGCUGCGCAGGAGCAUGCUACCAGGUUUCCUGGGCGGUGGAAAGAGACGGUUCCAGACGGUGAGGGUCAGCCCCAGUCGAGAGGACUUGGAACAGAUCGGUCGCUGGGUAGUCGAGGGGAAGGUGAAGGUGUUGAUUGAUGAGAAGUUUGAGUGGAUCAACGCGCCGAAAGCCUACGCGAAGCUAAGGCUGGGAAGAACGACGGGGAAGAUAAUCGUCCGUGUUGGCUCAGCAUGA